AGAGAGAGAGCGCGCGCGCGCGAGUGAGUGUUACGUUUAAUGUCGGGUGAUGCCCUCCCCUCGCCAAAUCUCCUCCACUGAUAUGGUGACGCUCCUUCAAAACUCCAAUCGCACGGCGGCGAGCGCAGAUUGCUUGAGUCAUCUGAAGGUUCAUAACUUUAUCAAAUCUUUCAUAGCUUUGAUGCAAAUGAGCUGGAUGCCUGCACUUGUUAGAGACUGUAAAGCUCGUCCACAGACUCUUUAUAUGUGCGCACCGCUGGUGCCAGACGCGCGUUUCCAGCCUGCGCUGGUGAUGCGAUGCCCCGCAACCACAGCGGCGAUGAGGGCGGUACUGGUCUCUGGAUGAAGACCUCGCAGCACUAUGGCAUGAAAGAUGUUGAAGCCGGUCGUGGGACGAUGAACAACGCGACCAGGACAGUCGACAGUUUGCUGUCGGCGCCGGGCACAACAGGUGCAGGAGGCUCGGAGAUCCAGAGGAGAAAGCAGGGCGCCCGGCUUAGCCUGCUGGGGAAACCGCUCGCCUACAGCGCGCAAAGCGGCCGGAGAAACGCGCGCUACAGGAAGCUCCAGAACUACCUCUACAAUGUCCUGGAGCGACCGCGAGCCUGGGCAUUCAUUUACCAUGCCUUUGUGUUCACUUUGGUGUUUGGCUGUCUGGUUCUCUCUGUGUUCUCCACCAUCCCUGCUCAUAUGGACCUCUCCAAUCACUGUCUCCUUAUACUGGAGUUUGUGAUGAUUGUUGUAUUCGGUCUGGAGUACAUCAUUCGCAUCUGGUCGGCUGGAUGCUGCUGUCGUUACAGGGGAUGGCAAGGACGACUGCGCUUUGCUAGAAAACCUUUCUGUGUCAUUGACAUUAUUGUGCUCAUUGCAUCCAUCGCAGUGGUUUCAGCUGGAAGCCAGGGCAAUAUUUUUGCCACGUCUGCACUUCGCAGUCUGCGUUUUUUGCAGAUCCUGCGCAUGGUGCGUAUGGACAGGCGAGGCGGUACCUGGAAACUGCUUGGAUCCGUAGUCUACGCUCACAGCAAGGAGCUUGUGACUGCCUGGUACAUUGGCUUCUUGGUGCUGAUCUUUUCUUCAUUCUUGGUCUACUUGGUGGAGAAAGAAUUUAACAAACAGUUCGCCACCUAUGCCGAUGCUCUUUGGUGGGGUACGAUCACACUCACCACCAUUGGAUAUGGGGAUAAGACUCCACAGACUUGGACUGGACGGCUUCUGUCUGCAGGUUUUGCUUUGCUGGGCAUCUCUUUCUUCGCUUUGCCUGCUGGUAUUCUUGGCUCUGGCUUUGCUCUGAAGGUCCAAGAGCAGCACAGACAGAAGCACUUUGAAAAGAGGAGAAACCCAGCAGCCAGCCUGAUACAGUGUGUGUGGCGUAGCUAUGCGGCUGAUGAGAACUCGGUUUCCAUUGCUACCUGGAAGCCUCAUUUGAAGGCGUUGCAUACCUGCAGCCCUACAAAGAAAGACCAGGGGGAAUCCAUCAGCAGUAAGGGUCAUAGUAAUAGACAGAGGCUCUUCAGGAGGUAUACCGCACGGAUAUAUAGCCAAAAGUUAAGUUUUCGGGAGCGUGUGCGAAUGGCCAGUCCUCGUGGUCAGAGUGUAAAGAGCAGACAGAUGUCAGUGAACGACCGACGCUCUCCUGGCACAGAGGUGGGGGUGGAGGGCAGCAGCCCUGCCAAGGUCCAGAAGAGCUGGAGCUUCAAUGACCGAACACGCUUCCGCCCAUCGCUCAGACUCAAGAGCCAAUCUCGCACAACGGCUGAAGCUGACACCAAUCUUGGACCGGAUGAUGCUUUUGAUGAGAAGGGUUGCCAUUGUGAUGUGACUGUGGAAGAUCUGUCUGCCCCACUAAAGGCAGUGAUCAGGGCCGUCAGGAUAAUGAAAUUCCAUGUGGCCAAGAAGAAGUUUAAGGAGACGCUGCGACCGUAUGAUGUGAAAGAUGUGAUUGAGCAAUACUCUGCUGGUCACCUGGACAUGUUAUGCCGUAUCAAGAGUCUCCAGACUAGGUUGGACACCAUUGUGGGUCCACAGACCUUGAGAACCAAAGCCAAGACCUUUUCUUCUCCUUCCCUGCACUUGUAUUACAGCCAGGCCAAGAGGAAACACUCCUCCCCAGGACUCGCCACAGCUGUGGGUCCACAUCAGACACUCAGCACCAAAGCCAGGAACCUUUCCUCUCCCUCUCUCCACUUGUAUUACAGCCAAAGCAAGAAGAAGCAUGCUGGGGUGGAUCAGAUACUAGGAAAAGGGCAGAUAUCAGUAGAUAGGAAAGGCAGGGAGAAAAUCCUCCCAGAAGGAGAGUCCCUGGAGCAUGACAUGAGCAUGCUUGGCCGUGUCUGUAAAGUAGAGAGACAAGUCCAGUCCAUUGAGUCAAAGCUGGACUCGUUGUUGGAUAUAUACCGGCAGGUGUUGCAGAAAGGCUCGUCUUCGAUGCUUGGUCUCUCUGCUUUGCCACUGUUCGAGCUGGAUCAGACCUCCGACUACCAAAGCUCCAUCCAUAGCAAGGAUUUGUCAUCAUCCUCCCAGCUUACCGGCAGCAGCGUGUCUCAUUCGGGCAGCAGUAACCUACACCGUGGUCUGCAUCUUGCUCUGGCCCCCAGUGAACUCAACUUGGGUACUGGUUACCCACAUUCAGCCUCCUCUUACUCACCUUCUCCUCUUCUCAACAACCAACCCUCCAGCCCGGACAGUUUCUACCCAGUGUCCCCUCCUCCCAUUCUCACCCCCAACAACCUUUCCAGAAGUCACCAGCGGUUCAGUGAGCUGACCAGGCCGGUCCCGACAAUCCAUUCGACCUCAACGACCCUUCAGCUCCCGCCUAUGGUACCAACGCCUCAAGGCCGGCCUACCGGCCUUAUCCCAGAGACGCUACAGGAGAGCCGGGCGGAGUGUCUGAGCAAUUGCCUGUUGAGUACCCAAACCGAGGUUGAGUCGGACAGGGAGGCUGAGAGUAUUCAAAGCACAGUACAGCUACGGGACAAGCCCGAGCGCAACUCCAAGGAAGAUGGGUCGUGGAGAAGACACUUGAGCCUUGACAUUGAUCCUCUAAUGCUCAUGUCUUCCACAGCAGCUGCCUCGCUACAGGUUGAGCGUGGGCUCGGAAAGUCUCUUUCCGCUCAGAACCUCAUGCUACCAUCUGCUGCGGACUGCCAUCCCAGCCUGUCCACUCGGAGCAGCGGCAGCAGCAACAAUGAGUCCAGCGACCGCGAGCCGCUGGCUGACUGGGGCGAUACAGAGCUGUUCAUCAACGACAAAGAGUUGGACACCACGGAGAGCGACAGCUUCCUCCUCCAACAAAGCAACGAUACAACCUUCUCUUCUGAGCUGCUACGGACAGGAGCCAGUGGGCCGUCUCCCAGCCAGGCUGGACCAAGAGAUAGUCUCGAGUCCCAUAACUUGCCUCACGUAUGCCUCGAAUAACCCCCGGAGCACAGGAACUUCACUGUGUAGACUGGACACAACCUCAUGUCCCUCAUGUUCUUCUUUUCCAAAGGAAAUGAAGCGUCCUGUACGCUCUAUACGUUUUCUAAUUUUCACAAGAAAAAGACACGCAGUUCAUACGUUUCUGUUUAUACGUACAUAUCAUUGCAUGGACAAUUUGUCAAAAAAGAGAAUUUAUAUUAAUGAGAAACUGUUGGGGAAGAAACAUUAAUAAAAUAUUCUGGGUUAAUGUAUGUUAAGCUCAAUCGACAGCAUUUGUGGAAUAUUACUGAUCACCUCAAAAGUUUCUUUACCAAAUAAUAAUUACAGUUAUAGUGAGGCACUUACAAUGGAAGUGAACGGGGCUAAUUGGUAAACAUUAAUAUACAGUACUCACUGUUUCAAUAGUAUAGCCACACGACACAAGCAGUUUAAGUAAGUGUGACAAAAAUCACUUACUAACGCUACAUUCACCUUGUUAUUUACUUACAGGUUUGAGUCUCGAAAUGUCCUGUUCGUGCAGCAGCUUACAAUAAAAUCAAAAUCUGUUACCUUUAACAACAGCAACAGUGACUAAAGUAAUAUCAUAAAUGGUGACUAAAAAAAGUCUUCAAUUCAGACAACAAAAGUUUAUUUGUGGUGCAAGUUCAUCUGUCAAAACUUCAUUAACAGACAACAGCUUUUAUGUGAGUGGAGAAUGUAGCGUUUGAGUUGCGCACAGAACACAAAAUGAACAGGAGCCAUUCCGGUAAGACAGUGACUGGAUCUAAAACUUUAAAUGACACAUAGCUCAUAUCUGCGUCUUCUUAAAGGGAUAGUUCACCCAAAAAUGAAAAUUCUGUCAUUAUUUAUUAAUGUUGCCAGAUUGGAAAUGUCCAGAAGUAUUGUACCAGAAGCUCACAAUUAUCGUAUCUGGAAGAAAAUUAUCGUACACGAGUUAAACGUACAUAAUACAGCUAUUUAUAUAGACCAACAACUUUUUGACACGACCUUUGCCUCUCCCGUGUCUUCACCUUACUUUUCAGCACUCAUUGUCUAUAUUGCUAAACUAUCGACCUCAGCUAGGAAAAAAAUGAUCUAAGUGCCACGGCAGGAACGUCAACUUGUGCUUGUGAGAGAGAGAGAGUCAUCCUCCACGAUGAUUGCCCGAGAAGACCUAACGUGAGAUGAGAUAGAAGACAUGCCUAACACCACGUUCUCCUCACAAUCAUGACAGCAGACGUAGGAUCCGCAUCAAGAUCAAUGAGUAUAGAAGCCCUAUGAUUACAACGACCAUCAUUUGAAGUGUCACAAAAUUCUGAAAUUAUCGUACAUUGUGGAAUUUUUUUCAUUAUUGAUUGAUUGAUUGAUUCACCAAACAUGCAGUUUUGAGAGGCUUUAAAGAUCACAUAAUAUAUGUUUUAGCAGAGAAUUUAUGUGAAGCUGAUAGCACUUACAUUGUCCCUAUUCACUUCCAUUGUGAGUGGCUCACUCUAAUCUACUGUAUAUGCAUUUAGAGAGGGUGAAUUUCCAUUUCAUGCCAACUGAAGAAGAGACGAGUUGGGAUGUAUUGAACUUAUUUUUUUUGUGUUAAUCUACAAAAUAAACACUGUUGUUUGAGCUUAAGUUUCAUUUAACCCAUAAUAUUCUUUGACAGUUAUGAAGAGUUAUGGUACUGAAUGAGCACUUCUUUCAGGCUUGCAUGGACUCGGCAUGUUUGAAAUGCAACAGCAAAUAGGAUUGGAAGCGUGUAUGCACCUGUAGUAAUAAGCCCUCGCUCAGCAUUGGGUUUCAUUUCCCACUUCCUUCUGAAUGUUUGGCGGUCCACUCAUUUGCAUGUGUUAAGAAUUAUGGAGGGAAUAGCAGUAAACCAGAUGGUCUUGGUCCAAAACCAUGUUAAGAAACAAAUGCAUCUUCACUCUUAUAGCUUUAUUAAUUUAGCCAUGUAACCACUUAACCUGAGAGUCUUACCAUGUGAAGAAAGAUGAAUGCUGUUACUAGAGGGAUGUUAUGGUGUAACGUCCUGUGAGAUCAGGCUUUUUGAAGAGCACUGAUUUCUGAAUUUACUAAUUCCAAGUCCUCGUGUAGAUAUUUGGCUCCUAAAAUGUAAAAAAAGAAAAAAGGAAGGUAAUGCAUCCUUUUCAUCAUGACAAUAAAUCACAGUCACAAUAUCAUAACUAAUGAUUGUAAGUAAAUUUUACAUGUAUUUUGAUUGUUUUGUAACCUGCAUCCAUAUAAUCAGAAAUGAUCUGGCUGUCAAGUAGAAAGUCUCACAAAUGUGUUUCUAUUGGAAUUGCAGCAAUACCCCCGCCCCCCCCCCCCCUUCAAAUUCUGUAGCAAGCAGGCAUCUUAUACCUAAACCUCAGCUUUGUAACCUCUGUUCUACACUUUUUUUCUUUUAAUUCCAUAAUUCUGAAUGGUACGAUGAGUGCUUUAGCUAAAAUGCUUGUCUGUAUAACUUAGAAUGUAACUUGUAUCGUUAUGUGUAUGUAGAAUAAUCAUGAUUAGCUGUGUUAAUUUGUUUUGUUUUCCGUUUUCGUUAAAAGCAUCCGAGGUGUACAUUGAGGAUGUUUUUGGCACUGUACAAUUGGAAGCACAACUGUUCAGAUGUGUUGAGGAAACCUGCAAAUGUGAUGAAUCGUUUUUAACAUGAAUAUGCUUUAAAUAAGAUUUAUAAUCCAGAGAUAGUUGAGAUGCUUAUUUUGCUCUAGAGUUGAGGUAAAUAAUAUAGGCACCUGAGAAUCGAACUGAGAAAAUGUCAACAGCUGUGGAACUAAUUGAUGCUUGAAAUGCAGAAAAAGGUUGUACAGAAAUAUUAGUCUUCUUAACACAUUAUAAUUAAUAUUACUAUAUUGUUAUUGAUUUUCUGAAAGUCUUCUUUAAUUUGUAAUUCAAUGUUUUACGGUGCCUUUUUGCAUUUUAUUAAACAGAUAUAAAACUUCUGUAUCCAUAACAGCACUCAUACCUUGAACUCUUAUUGAAAUUGUUUAUAUUUCGAUAAUUGCACAUACUCUGUUUGGCUGUGAACUUAAAGCGUCUGUCAGUUAAAGCAGCAUUUCUUUGUUUUACCACCAGAUCAAAUAAUUUAUUACACAGAAACUGGCCUUAAUAUACAUGCUUGAUAAUGCUAGUGUUCUCUGUCAUUCAGAAUAAUUUAUUUCAUCAUUGUGCACAUAACAGAGUUGAUGCUCUGAUUGAAAAAUGCAAAAUGAAAAUUUAUGAUCAUGAUAAUACUUAAAUAAACAAAAGACUUGAAACUUG